UUUCUUUCUGUCGUUUAUGGGUAUCUAUAUACGGGCGGUCAUCGUUGAAGAUUUCCGUAUAAAUUAUUAAAUGAAGGUGCUAUAGGCGUUGAUUUUAUGAAAAAGCUGUAGGUUAUAAAUUGUUAAAUAAUGAUCUUACUCGAGAUCAAUAAUAGAAUUAUAGAAGAUACAUUAACAGUUAAAUAUAAAAAUGCACUGGCGCGCUUAAAGCCAGAGUCAAUAGAUGUGAAAGUUGCAGAUUUUGAUGGAGUGCUCUUUCAUAUAUCAAAUGUGAAUGGAGAUAAAACCAAAGUUAGGGUUAGUAUAUCACUGAAGUUCUACAAGCAGUUAGAGGAACAUGGAGCUGAUGAGCUCCUCAAAAGAGUAUAUGGGCCACUCCUCACUGAGGCAGAGUCAGGCUACAAUAUAUCGUUGCUCCUCGACCUGGAGAAUAUCCCUGAGGACUGGGAGGAUGUCGUAAAGAAGGUGGGCCUCCUCAAGAGGAACUGUUUCGCGUCAGUGUUCGAGCGCUACUUCAGGCUGCAGGAGGACGGGGAUGUCAGCCACAAACGCGCCGUCAUCAACUACAGACAGGAUGAGACGCUAUACGUGGAAGCGCAAGAAGACCGCGUGACGGUAGUGUUCUCGACGGUUUUCCGGCACGAGGACGACAUGGUCAUCGGCAAGGUGUUCAUGCAGGAGCUCAAGGAGGGCCGGAGAGCCUCACACACCGCGCCACAAGUAUUGUUUUCACACAAGGAACCACCUUUAGAACUAAUGGACACGGAUGCAAGAGUAGGUGAUAAUAUCAGUUAUGUUACGUUUGUGUUAUUCCCGCGGCACACGUGCGCGGCGGCCCGCGGCAACACCAUCGACCUGCUGCACAUGUUCCGCGACUACCUGCACUACCACAUCAAGUGCUCCAAGGUGUACGUGCACUCCCGCAUGCGCGCCAAGGCGGGCGACCUGCUCAAGGUGCUCAACCGCGCGCGCCCGCAGAACACCUCGCGCCCCGCCGAGCGCAAGACCAUCACGGGAAGAACAUUCGUGAGGCGAGAUUGAGUGUGUGUCGCGCGCGGGUCUCCCUCCUGUAGCCUCCCGCUAACGCCGCCACUCCGGUAACAUCUCCGCCACAGAACACCGUCCGGAGAGCUACACGUUACUCGUCGAUACCAUCCACCUCAAGUCGAACAUACUUGUUGAUGUACUUCUUCACGAUACUCAGAGAUAUUAUCCGAGUGGACGCGUUAUCCACGAAGAAACUCCGACAAUGUGCGUAUUUCAUAUAUCCAAGUUUAAAUGAAAUUUCCCAAACGAUUAUUUAUUAAAUAUAAAUUCAUGUCUGUUUAAUUACAACGUCACAAAGUACUUAUUCUCAAAUUCAUCUCGAUGCCAUUUCAAACAAAUAAAAUUGCCAAAUAACCACAGUUAUGCUCAAUGUUUUGUGUACUGCCCAUCGACGUUUUAUAUUAGCAGAGAAAUGUGCACAUUGUAUUUAUUAUAAAUAUUUAUUGUCAAAUCUUCAAGCAUAGCGUUAAAGUCAAUAAAUAAUGUUGCCGUAGUACUUGUUGAUAACAAAAGUAUGCUUUAUUAUUACGAGAGUUCUAUUUAUAGCGGUGGCACUGCGACAUAAUAAAUUGGGUUCCUAAAGUGUAGUAUCCACCCUCGUUACGCGUUAGAGAACGUAGUGUCCAUCGGGAGCGAACUUGUAGCUUACGUCGUUUUGUUGUAAGUUACGCCAUUACCAAUCCUCAUGUAGGGUAACGUGUAUUAUAAAAUCUAGCCUAUACUUACCGUUUCGGUUUACAAAGUUGUAAAAAUGUAUAUCACUGGAAUAUCGAGACAGGUAUCAUGCACAAAACUCGUACGAAUUAUAUUCAAUUAAUAAUUUUUACGCCGCUCCUAUGUUUAGUUAAAUAAUGCUACGCAAUAUAUACGAACAAUAAUUUAAUAAGAGUUCACCUUUACGUUUUAGGUAGGUCCGAUUCAAUUAUAAUGUAAGUGAAAGUGUAUAGUAUCUCUCAAUAGAUUCUUCCAUAGUCAAGAGGAGCUCGAUGAAUAAAUCAUAAUGGCCUUAUUUAUGAUGGAGUUUGAGUUCAGUCCGCUCUGUUUAUAGAGCUGCCGGGCUUCGGUUCGAUAGAGUCGCUAGUUUAGAACACGAUACACGAUGUAUCUAAUGUUUAAGUGCAAUUCAAUUGAUUACACACCACAUUGUUUUAUUCCAAAUUGCAUUUUUAGUUUUAGACAGAGAAUAAAAACUCUAUAAAAUAUAUUCUAGCAAAAAUUUAUUUCACAUUUUGAAACUAUUUUUAAUGUAGUUAGUUUCGUCCCGUAGAUAAUCACUUCUCAUUCGACGCAUGUAUUUAUUGCGUUCGUGUCAAAAUUGCACCAAAACAAUGAUAUUGCUCAAUAAUCCAAGUGAACACCAAGGAGCUGGGGUCAGAGAAAGCCAUAGAACAUCACGUACAUUGUAGGAGACGUAGGGUAUAAGAUGCGGUAAUGUAAUGAUUACUGUGUGCGGAUGAGAUUGUGCGGAAAGUUAUAUUGAGUCAUGGACUGAGAGGUUAGGCUGUCUUAAGUGUUUCGAGUCAGUGGGAUUGCAACAAAAUUUUAUUAUAAUUCACUAAGUCAAAUAAAUUGGGAGUUAGAGACAUUAAACCUGAUUUUAAUAUGGUUCUCAAAGCUGCAUAUGGAAUAUAUUGUUAAGAUGGAACGUAAUACAAGUAUGUAGAACGAUUUAACUAUUUAAUAAAAAACUUAGCUAACUUGAAUUUAUGUAAUUUUUUUGCAAGAUGUAUUAUUUAUGUAUUAUAAAGUGUAAGUUAAAUGUUGCUUUAAAGUUAUUGCUUACAUUGGAACAUUGUUUUUACUGUCAGUUUUAAUGCGAGAUAGAUUAUGUAAACAGCGUCGAAUACCGAAGUUAUUUGUGAAUAUGUAAUUAUUCUUGUGAUUUAAAAUCCGUUUAUACUGUAUUUUUUAUUUUCUAGAUUAAAGAAAACUUACUGCAUUUUAAA